AUGACUCAGAUCAGACGUCUCUUGACGCUGCUUGUGGUGGCAACGAGCCUCGUUCUCGUCCCGUCAGCCACUGCCGACCUUGUCGACAACUCCAACGAGCUUCCGUCCAUCAUCAAUGAUGCUGCUCCGGCACACCUGGCCGACUCGCUCGCUGCGUAUUCCCAACCUCGCAUCCCCAUCAACGCCGAGCAAAGCGCCAAGAAGGUUCGUCGACACCACAAAUCGCGUUCGGGUGCGCACGUUUCGGGUGGCAAAGCGACCUACUACGCCGGACACCAGCUCGACAAUCCCGCCUGUCCAGGCGCCACCACCCCGAACGAUAGCAGCAUGAUCGCGGCUAUCUCGGACGACUCCCCUUUUGCCUGCGGCGAUCAACUCAGGAUCAAAGACCCCAAUGGCAAGGAGGCAACCGUACAUGUGGUUGACAAGUGCGCAGGUUGCACGUCCAACUGGCUCGAUGUCACAAAGGGCGUCUUUACUAAGUUCGACUCGCUGGAUAAGGGCGUCUUGGAGGGUCUGGAGAUCAGUAAGGUCGGCUAA